AUGUACUCUGAAGACAACUCACACCACCAAAAGCAACCACAACCACAACAACAUCAAUCACACCAAGGGCAACAAGGACAAUCACACCACCAGCAGGAGCAACAUCAACAACAACAGCAGCAGCAGCAACUGCACCUGCACCAACAUCACCAACACCACCACCACCACCACCACCACCACCACAGCCACACACACACCUCACAGCUGCUGCAACAUCAUGGUGGUACCAGUAUCAACUCAGCACCAACACUAGCUACUCCUACGGCAUUGCCACCUUUUACCACCUCAUCUACUUCUACUUUACAUCACAACACGCCAUCAUUGAUAUCAGAAGACCAAGCUCAAUUUAGACAAGUUUGCUUUAACCCGUCAUCAACAGCUGCACAAGCAGCAACGGCAACAACAUCAUCUUCAACAGGUAGUAAUUUCCACACAACAGCUCCAAUGAUGCCCAACUCACCACCAUCUACACCGUUUGCACCCGAACAAAAGAAACAGCAAGAACCAUCAUCCACCAAUAGUCAAAAGAGACUAUCGUCAUCAUCAUCAGACUCUAGUAAACGUCUCAGACUUGAAAAUGGACAUCACGCUACCAACACCUCCACAACUACCGAUACCAGUAACAACACAACAACAACAACAACAACAACAGUACACACACCUAAACCAGCAACUAUAACUAAAACACCUAAAUUUAUACGCAAAUUUAGGUCAAGAUCAUUACCCAUCAUCAACUAUAGUAAUCCAAACUCGGCAUUUUUUCCUCAUUAUCGUAAAAAACACAACAAUGUGUUUUUGCAAACCAACCCUUCAAUCACCCCAACGACAACAACUACAGAAGAAAAUGUACAACCAUCAUCAUCAUCAUCUUCUUCUUCUUCUUCCACUGUGCCACCUUUGCCACCCAUCAAUCUCCAAUCGCUUAAGGAAAUUGACUUGCAUGAAAUUCUUAAAAAUCCUCAACUACGUCAUGAUAUUCUAUUUGAUCCACAAUUGCAAUUUAGACCCAAUUUGGAUGGCGAAAGAGGCAAACGUAAGAAAUCAAUAAUAGACAAGUAUUGGAUGGAAGUACAAAAGGAAUGCCAACAGUUUUUUGUACCAAACAUUGACCUUAAGACGAUAAAGAUUAAUCGUUUACCUAUAUUGUUUUCUACAUUGAGAGACAUAUUGUUGUCUCUCUUACCAACAAAGGAUCGUCAACAAGUUUCCGAGAUUAUGGAUAUCGACUUACUAGUACAACAAUUGCGUCAUGGUAGUUUUGAUUUUGUUGAAAUGAGUAAAUGGUUGGGUGAUGUUUUCAAACUGCACUGUGCACCAAUGAGAGAUCAAUGGGUACUGGAAAUGAGUGCUAAAUUUAUUGAUGCCGCCAAGUACAACAGUGUUGGGUUUCUUGUAGGUGGAUUAAGAAUGAUUUUUCAAAUUUUAGAAGCAAUGAAGUUGGAUGUGGCAAACCAUCAAAUUAGGAUUCUAAGACCAGUUUUGAUUGAAACCGCUGUCGAUUUUGAACGUGAUUAUUUCCAAACCUUGAUCAGUCAUCAAAAAAUAAACAUUAAUGACUCAUUAAAUUGGUUUUACAAAAAGUUUGUGAAGAAGACUGCUGAUGUCGAUUAUAGUGACUUGCAAGUUAAUGAAGUCACUUUGAAACCCAUUUUCAUUGGCUCAAUUAUUGAUUUGUUAUCAUGUCGCCAAAUGGCUACUGAAUUUCCAUCGACAUUGACAUUUGAUCAUACUAGAUUAGUACUUUUACGUGCAGAUGUACGUCAAUUGGUUUGUGUUCAAUUGUGUGUUGUUUUGUAUAAGCAAUUAGUGGUUAAUGCCAGGGCCAGUACGCAAUUGUUGUCACCAGCAAACAUUGCUAAAGUUCAACAAGAAGUGUUGGCAAUUGUAACCGAUGAUAAUGGCAACAUCAAGUGGACCAAGAAUAUUCAAUCAAUUGCUUUACAAUUGGUUAAGAAUGUGGUAUCAAGCAAUACAAAGGACUUGCCUCAGAAUUUGAUAGAGUUUAGUCACAACUGGUUGGUCAAACAUAUUCAACCGAAUUCAGAAGUGUAUGGGUUAAUGGAGGUGAAGAUUUUCAAGGAGUUGAUGACUGAGAUUAUGGUGCUUGUAGCAGAUGACAACAAGCCCAACGAAGCUUUAUCGUCAUCAUCAUCUUCCAACACGGAAAUGAAAAACAUUGCCCAACGAAUUGCAACCUUGGUCAAUUUCCAUUGGAGUGUGUUUGGCUCGUACUACUUGGACCAUAUCCAAUUGCAGUACCCCAAGUUACAAAUGAGACAACAAGAGGAGAAAAGAAGAUUACAAGAAGCAGCCGCAGCUGCAGCUGCAAGGACUCAACAACAAGAUGACAAUGACACUGUCAUGUCGAUUGUCGUUGAUGAUGAGGGUGAUGGUAGUGGUGAUGCUGCUGCCACUACAACCACUACUCCUGCACAACAACAUAGUCAAGCAAGAGCACCUGAACAUCGCAAUGGAAGCACAAGUACUGGGUCGGCCACUGCCAGUAGCAAUGGCGGCGAUAACAACAAUUUGGACAACAAGAACAGCAACACGUCUGCUCCAUUGAGUAUGUUAUCGUAA